CAAGAUAGUGAAUAGAGCAUAAGAUUUGAAUAAUCCUUAUGUAUAUCACAUUUAUAUACUGCUAUAUCGCAGGCCAGUAGUACGUACAUUACUAUUAUAACCCUCUUUUCUCUUACAAGAUCUGGUUAGCAAUAUACCUUAACCUUAUUUCGUGUUGUGAGGCUCGCAAAAUCAAGAAAUUUGUAAACAACGCGUUCGUGAUACUUUUUUUUUUAUUUGCAACAGCAACAGUGAAAAAGGCAGCCAAAAGGUUAAGUCAUUUCUUUCUGAAGUGUAUCCAUCAAUCAAUCAAUCAAUCAAGUCACUCAACUCUGAAGUAGUUGACAGAAUGACUGUAGAAGCCAAGAUGCAAUCACCUGCUUUAACGCCAUUAUCUGAUAGUGUAAAGGAAAUUAUCAACCUUGAUGAAGAUGAAAAUAUAGAAUCAACUCCAAUUAAGAGAAAACAAACUGAUGAUAAGGAUGAUGGAGAUGAUUCAAGUGAUAACAACAAUACUAAAAAGGCAAAGUUGGCCACUCCAGAUAUAACACUGACUACACCUAUUCCUGAAUCAGAGACUAAGAAAUUAACUAAGAAAGAAUUACAAAAGAUUGAAAAUCAAAAGAAACGAGAGAUUGAAAGAAUUGAGCGUGAAAAGAAAAAGGAAGAGGAAAGAUUACUUAAAGAACAUAAUAAGAAGGUAAGAGAAGAUGAAAGAUUAAAAAAAUUAGCUGAAAAGGAACUUGAAAAAGAACAAAAGAGAAAGAAGUUAGAAGAUGAAAAAAUUCAAAGAGAGAAAUUGAAAGAAGAAGAGAGAUUACAAAAGCUAGCUAAAAUGGAAGAGAGAGAAAGACUCAGAAAGGAAAAGAAACAAAAGGAAGAAGAUGAUAAGAAACGAUUAGAGGAAGACAAGAAGAGACUUGAAGAAGAAAAACGUAAAGCUGAAGAGUUAAAAGAAAGAAGUCAAUCCAAGAUAUCAAACUUCUUCAAGAUUAAGGUUCAACCUACCACAACAACUCCUAAAAAGAAUAAUCCCAAUCAAUCAAGUGUUGCAAAUAGUCCUUUACAUAAAGGUACCAAUCCAAUUCUAAUUGAAGAUACGAGUAAGAUUUCAGAUUAUGAAUCAGAUUUCUUGCCAUUCUUUAUACAGAAAAAUGUUGUUCUAGCCGAUAAUGGUAGUUUAUCUCCUGAACAGAAACAGAAAUCUAUCAAAGAAUUCGAUGAUGAUUUAAAGGACAGUGAAUCUUCAGAUUUAAAGUCAUAUUUCAACUCAUUCAAAACUAAUGAUGAUCCUAUUUCACAAUCAAUAACUCCAGAUGCGAUCAUCAAUGAAUUAAAUUCAGCAACCACUUCAGAAACAAUCAUAUAUGAACUCAUACAGAAAUUACCUCCCAUUAAAUAUUUACAAUUUUAUGAAAAUUCAAAACCACCUUAUAUAGGAACUUGGUGUUCUUUACGCCAUCAGAAGAUACAUAUUCCUGUCGUGAAUCCUAUAAAUACUGAAUUGACGGGGUUUGAUUAUGAGUACGACAGUGAUCUUGAAUGGAAUAAUAAGGAAGAUGGAGAGGAUGAUGAAGAUGGUGAAGAUAUUGACGAUGAUGAAGAUGAUGAUGAAGAACCUAAUUUGGAUGAUGAUGAUAUGUUGGAUUUUGUGGAGGAUAAUAACCUUGAUCAAAAUAAUAAAUCCAAAAAGUUCCAUUCUUUAAUAGUAAUCAAUAAAUGGAAUGAUGGAUCUAAUCAAGACAUAUUUGAUAAAUUAAUAACAGUUCCUUUGAUAACGGAAUUGAUGGAAGGAGAACCAAUUGAUCCAAAUAAAGAUUAUUGGAAUCCAACUGCCAAUGAAGCAACUAUAGUUUCAGUUGAUGUGAAUCUUCCGAAAGUAGAUGCAAACUCCCUGUCUGGUACAAGUACAACUACAUCAACUUCAACAUCCACAACACCAAAUAUCUUAAUUCCCCAAAAGAAAACCAUUCAAGAUGCAACCAUAUUGGGUCAAUUGAUUACAUUUAUUGAAAAGAAUAAUGAUUUUAGCAUCCAAACAUUAGUAGAGUUAUCGAAAAAGCAAUUUAAAGACUUCACUAAAGCAUUGUUGAAGAACACCAUUCAAGAAAUUGCCACUUAUAAUAAGAAAACAACAAACUGGGAUGUGAAGCCCGAACUUAAAGCUAAGUAUGUAGUAUAAAUAUGUAUAGAUCUUUAUCGAUUAUUAGACUAAAAAGUACAUUACCACAUAAUAUAAAAUUUUAUUUUGCGACCAUAGUUUAGAAACAAAAAUAA